ACAAGAACUGAAAAAUAAUUUUUGGUUGCCAGUAUACCUGUAGUCGUUGCACUGAUCAGUCGAUAGUUUUGUGAUAAAUUAUUUCUCAAGUGAAUUAAAUUAUUAACCAUGGGACGUGAUUCUAGAAAGGUUUCAAGAGAACUUCGGAGUUCUGAAAAAAUUAAUAAGUCGCGUUCAGUCAAAAGAAAGAAUGUUUUUAAUCCGAAAACAGCCGAACGUGAUGAAAGUAUUCAGAGUACAUCUUCUAAAAAAUUAAAACAAAACACUGAAGAUGAUGUACCUGAAGACAGCAGUACUGAAUUUCGAAUAAUAAAUUUUAUUCAGGUAUUCACUGCAAUUUCUGCUCUUAUAAAAUGUAAAAAAUGUGAUGGAAAUGUAGUGUUUCAAACAGCAAGUACACGUGGGCUGGGAUUCAAAAUUGUAGUUGCAUGUAAUAACUGUGGAAAUGAAUAUAUUCCUUCCUGUUCUUUCGUUGGGCAUUCUUAUGAAAUAAACAGACGUUUCAUUUUUGUAAUGAGAAUACUAGGAAUAGGAUACGAAGGAUUGUGCAAGUUUUGCGGCCUGAUGGACAUGCCGUCUUUUUUAGAUAAAUCUACGCAUACAAUUUUACUGAAACAGAUUUUGAAUUGUAGUAAAGCCGUCGCAGAAACCUUCAUGACGAAAGCUGUGAAUGAAGAAAAGCAAGCAAUGCCAACAACUGAAAAUGAAGAUAUAAAUCAUCUAACUGUAUCGGGAGAUGGAACCUGGCAAAAACGGGGAUAUACAUCGUCAUUUGGAGUUUCUUCUAUAAUUGGCUAUUUUACUGGAAAGAUUCUUGACAUAAACAUUAAAAGUGCAUAUUGUAAGCUAUGUGAGUAUUGGAAAAAAAAAACAAAUACUGUUGAGUUCGAGGAAUGGUAUCAAUCGCAUGAAGAUGUGUGUUCUGCUAAUCAUCAAGGGUCUUCUGGGAAAAUGGAGGUGGAUGCGAUGGUCGAAAUGUUUUCGUAUUCUGAAACUAAAUAUGGAGUUAAGUAUGCCAACUAUAUUGGUGAUGGUGACUCCAAGACCUAUUCAGGAAUUAUAAAAUCAGAUCCUUACGAAAAUACAACUGUAAAUAAAAAGGAAUGUAUAGGGCAUGUCCAAAAGCGGAUGGGGAGUCGAUUACGUACGCUGAAGAGUAAACAAAAAGGUCUUGGUGGUCGAGGUAAGCUCACAGGAAAAUUAAUAGACAAACUAACUGUGUACUAUGGUUUAGCAAUACGCCGGCAUUGUGAUUCUAUUGAAAAUAUGAAAUCUGCUAUAAUGGCAACCUUUUAUCACUACGGCUCGAGUGAUGAAAAACCGAAUCAUGAUAUGUGUCCAAAAGGCGAAGAAUCUUGGUGCUCUUACCAGCGCGCUGAAGCAAGAGGAGAGCUUGAUACCUUUUCUCACGAUUAUUCUCCUUUACCUUCUGAUGUUUUAAAAGCUAUCAAGCCUAUAUACGAAGAUCUUAGUAAUGAAAAUUUACUUUCAAGAUGUGUAGGUGGAUUCAAUCAGAAUAAUAAUGAAAGCUUUAACCAACUAGUAUGGAAAAUAUGCCCAAAAACGGUAAAUACUAGUUUUACCAUCGUACAAAUAGCUGCAUACGUUGCUAUGUGUAUAUUUAAUGAGGGUAUAAAUUCAUUAUUAGUCUUGAUGAAUACACUAGGACUUAAUUGUGGGCCUAAUUCUCAUCGGUAUGCAGAAAGAAUGGAUGCUGCACGUAUCAAAGUAGCAGAUAAGCGCGCUAAUGAUAACACCCGAGAAGGUCGAUUGCAACGUAGGCACCAGCAAAUCGAUAUUUUGGAAGCUGCUAUGUCGGCUGAAGAGCUAUUAUAUGGUCCAGGAAUAGAUGACUCAGUAUGAAUCUCCAAGGACUUAUGAUGAUCACCGCAAAGGACUUCGGGAGGAACGGGCUCUACAAAAACAGCGAUAACUUUUUGAAUUAUUAAUUUUUUUUUUUGAAAUUUUCGUGAAGUCAAAUCGAAACGUGUUCUAAUAAAGCUAUGUUUUUAUUUUUGUCAAAUAAAGUAAUU